AUGGCGGCUGGCGGCGCCGCGCGGGCGCUGAGGGCGGGCGGCUGCCGCUACGGCCGCUUCUCCUCUUCCUUCUCCGGCGGCGGGGAGCGAGCGGGGCCGCGCUUCCGCCCCCCCGCCGGCUCCCGCAGGGACUGGAUCGGGCCCCCCGACCGGCGCUCCAACCUCCGCCCCGUCAUCUUCCACGUGCCGCCCCGCGAGUCCCCGCUGGAACGGCGGCUGCGGGAGCUGCGGGAGGAAACCCAGGCGUGGAACCAGCGCUUCUGGGCCCGGCAGAACACCGCCUUCCAGAGGGAAAAAGAAGAAUUUAUCUACUCAAGACUGAAAGCCAAGGGUCUGGAAACAAGAGAUGAAACAGGCCAGAAAGUGACAUUGAAUGCAGAGGAAAUGGCUGACUUUUACAAGGACUUCCUACGUAAAAAUUUUAGAAAGCAUUUGCAUUAUAACAGAGAUUGGUAUAAACGUAACUUUACUAUCACAUUCCUCAUGGGACAAGUUGCACUGGUGAGAGCCCUGAGGUGGCUUCGUCGGAAAACAACAAAUGCUGGAAAUCAGUGAUCACAGCUCCAUGAAGAAUGUAAUGCUACCUAGACUGCCUAGGUGUGCUAUUAACUUGCUAAUAGUGAUGUUCAGAAUCUGAAUGUCCAAUGUAAUGAUUGCUUAGGUCUGUUUGUUAGACGUCGUGUAAAUAAAAGUUGCCUUUAGCCUUAAUUUACAACCACUGUUUUACCUUUUAUUCCAUGAAUAUCCAAAAUGUUUCCCAAUGAAAACACAACUAGAAAACUCUUGAGAGCUUUCUUCUUUUACAUUAACUGGAACAGAUCACAACUGGUUGUUUGUUUUUUUUGCUGUUGUUGUUUUUUUUAAACCACAGAGGUAUACCUCAUAAAACAAAUCCCAGUGUGCCAUGCCUGAACUUAGGUCAGAGAAUGUUAUCACAGACUGUAUCUGUAUAUAAAGACUAAAUGCCUCACUUUGCAGCAGCUGUCCGGGUCAGUAGUAGUAUAACAUGACUGAAGGAACAAGUAUAAGUGUAUAUGCAUAUGCACAAUUGAUUUAGAUUAAUCCUUUUUUUUUUUUUAUGCAACUAUUUUCCACUUCAUUGAAAGCUUAAGAUAUGAUUUCAUAUAAUUUACUAAAGCAGUAGAGCCUACUGUAAUCUUGUUUUCUGUAUAAGAAAUGUUCCUCUUGGACAACAGUUUCUCUAAUCUGUGAUUGUUGGAGAUUUUAUCUGCUGGGCAAUAAAAAAGAUGCAUUGCCAGAAACUAAAUCUUUGUAAAAAAGGAAAGUGACACUUGGCUGUAUGAGAAGAAUGUCAUAUUCUCACCCAUUUCUUCACUCAAAAGAACUUGCUUGAGGGGGAUUUUCUGGCUUCAAGGUAUGCAAUGUCAAUUGGUAGGAAGCUGAUAUAAGUGAAGUCUUAAAAUGUUAUGCCAUGUGUCUGUAAUUUAAAGAAAGUUCCUUAAUUCUAAAUGUUCUCUGUCUUUACAGUUCAAUGUAGUGAUUGUUUUAAUACUUACUAAGAGGAUUCUAUUAUUGAAGCACGUUUUCUCCAGAGCCCUGCUGUAGGGAAUGCUUUCGUUUUGGAAAUGUGAACUCAAUAGCCAUUGACCUGUUUUUCAUAUCUAAACAUGACAUAAUUUAUUCAUGAGGUUUUUCAGCUUGAGCAAAAAGAGGUUUGUUGGCAUUAAUGAAGUAAUAAUUCCUUUGGAAAAUGAAAUAUUAAUGACACUGUAAUGGAUUGUGCUGUUUCAUACAAAGAUGAUGAUAUCAUUGGGAUUAAAAUGCUCACUGAAUUGUGGUUCUGAUAACUGUGUAAAUAGUAAAUGAUGCUGUCAUUAAUAGUGUUUGCUGAGGUGAAAAUCAGUAGUAGGAGAACACUGAAAGCUGUUUACUACAUAGAACUGUAAAAGAUAUAUGUUUAUUAAGAAGUUAGAAAAUAUGUUUCUUAAUGAAAAUAAGUUCUUGAAAUAGACUACUUCUGGUGUGUAAUACAGUUCUUCAGGGUUUUACAUUAAAUCCUACGUUUACAGCAUGUAUGCUUUGAUGUGAAUGCGUACUUCAAUAAAUAACUUCAACAUAAAA